AUGGCUAAUCUCACCAUGAGUGGGUUUGUUCUCAUGAGGUUUUCUGCCAACCCUGAGCUAGAUAUUUUAUAUACAUCGUUGUUCUUAGUCUUCUACUUGUUGGCUUUAACUGGCAACAUUCUCAUCAUCACCACCACUUCCAUGGAUGAGAGUCUCAACUCCCCCAUGUACUUCUUCCUGAAGCAUCUCUCUUUUUCUGAUGUUGGUUAUAUUUCUGCGACUGUACCGAGAUCCAUUUACAACUCUUUCAUGGAGAGUAGCAACAUUUCCCUUUGGGAAUGCAUAGUGCAGUGCUUUGCUUUCAUUUUCUGUGGUACCGUUGAACUGGCCAUGCUCACAUUGAUGUCCUAUGACCGCUACUUGGCCAUCUGCCUUCCACUGCACUAUGACAUCAUCAUGGAUGUCAGAACCUGUGUUCAUGGAGUUGUCAGUGCCUGGGUUAGUGGGGCCAUCUCUGGAGUUAUGCACACAGCAGCUACUUUCUCCAUCAGUUUCUGCCACCCCAAAAUCAUUCAGCAGUUCUUCUGUGAUAUCCCUCACAUCCUGAAACUCUCCUGUUCUAAUGAAUAUCUUCCUGAGGUUGGCGUCACUGUCUUCAUGGUUUUACUGUCAUUUCUUUGUUUUAUCUUUAUCGUAUUCUCCUAUGUGCACAUAUUUUCCUCAGUGCUGAGGAUGCCAUCAGUGGAGGGCAGAGCCAAGGCCUUUUCCACCUGUCUCCCUCACCUUGCUGUUGUCGUAUUGUUUAUGUCUACAGGUGCCUUUGCAUAUUUUAAGCCUCAUUCUUACUCUCCAACUGCUUUUGACAUGUUUCUUACUAUGAUGUAUACAGUCGUUCCCCCAACAUUCAAUCCAAUGAUCUACAGCCUGAGAAAUAAAGCCAUAAAGUCAGCUGUCAAGAAAAUUUUUCAAAAAAGUGAAGCAUUUACUUCUAUUUGCUCUCUAUUAGGAGACAAGUUCAGUAUAUAA